CUUCUUUCCAACCUUCCGGAGACCAGCCGGAAUUGAGGUGGGCGGUUACAAAGGCAGCAGCCGUGAGAUUGUAUGAUCUCAGUCAUCCCAGGCAGCUUUCGAAAGCGGGAUUAGGGAAAGGAAGAUACCUUCGCGGGACAGACGAGCCUUCUAAACUCUGAACAUUGAACGCAACAGGUAUAUGCUGCCCGUCCGAAUCGGGUUUCUGACGAUUAAGAAUUACGAUUGGGCCGAAAACAAAGUUAGCUUGAGAAAGAGAGCUAAGAAGUUAUUAGUGGACGUAGCUAAGUCUUGGUUUUCUUGUCGCAGAGUGGCUCUGACAUAGUCGGAUCUGUGAAUCCACCAGGCAGUCUCGAAAAAGCGUGUUGUGAUUGCAGCUUGUCCAAGAGCCCUUGGGAAGCAGUGGUCCCUUCGAUUCACAGUCUCUUACGAAAGCGUGUUUCAGCACCUGGGCACCAGGCUAUGUUAUUUUUUUACAUUUUGCUAUUUCAACUGCUUAUAAUUUUACCUGCAUUUCCUCACUGCUCAAUACAAAUCAAGGAAUCAAAGGGUGCAAUAGAAGAAGUAUUCAUCCUUGCAGAGAAAGCCAAUUUAUUCAUUGGACGACAUCUUCUAUACAACCGAUUUGAUUUUGAACUAAUAACCCAAGGAGAUCUUGAAAGGGAAUGCUAUGAAGAGCAAUGCAAUAUUGAGGAAGCAAGGGAAAUUUUUCGAGAUUCAAAAAAGACAAUGUCUUUUUGGUAUGAAUAUACUCUUAGAAGUCCUGGCUCAAAAACAGAUGGCAAAGGAGCAGAAAAGAUUGACGUUAUAGGACUUUUGACUGGACUGAUUAUAAUUGGAGUGCUAUUGGUUAUACUUGGAUUGCUUAUUUAUUAUCUGUGCCAAAGAAAAUGCAAACCAAGAUUACCAGGGUGCAGAGGCUGCAGGAGCAAUAAUUCUUCCAUCGUCUUCCAAAGACAAGAAGAGGUUUCUUUAAAUCCUGUCCCUCCUUGUACUAUAGGACAGAUAGGAUUGCCAACCUAUGAUCAAGCAAUGGCAUUAAGAGAAAAUUAUGAUUCUCCACCCCCACCAUAUCCUGGACAUUCAGGAAAGCUCAAAGUAUUCAAAAAGUCUCUCUCUCUUCCGGGUCCUUAAUGAACAAACAUGAUCUAUGAAACUGUUGAGAAUUAGUCUUAAUAAACGAUGCGCAGCUGAAGUGCUAUAGUAUAGCAUUCUAAGACAGUGAAAAGAAUCUCUGAAGAUGCCUGUCUAUGAUGGACUAAAGGGUGACAGGUAAACAAGGAACCCAUUUCUCCAAUGUUCUGAUAAUUCUGAAAGACUCAUUGUGAUAUUUCCAUUUGUGUGUGAAAAUCUAUACUCAUCUUAGCUCCUAUGCAUUUUGAGCCAUUGAGUAAACUGAUGUGCAGUUUUUCCUGUUUCUUAUAACUGAAGAGUUUUAUUUCCAAUUCUAAAAAUUACAUUAGUUUUCUAGCAUAUUUUUCUUUUGAAUUUUUCCCAUAAAAAUGUGUUUGGGUCAGUUUUUAACUCCUAGUGGCUACUUGGUCUAGUCUCUACAGCAGUGAUGGCUCACCUUUUUGUCGUUACGCGCCAAAAGUGCUCACUCGUGCCUGCACACAUAAUGCAAUGCUCACACUGACCCCCCUGCCUCUGUCCCCUACGCAUGCACACGUGACCUCCCACAUGCGUACUGUACGCCUCUGCGCAUGUGUAAGUGACCUCCCACCGCACCUCUGCACAUGUCUUCCCCUACGCAUGUGCAGCAGAUACCAGACAAUCAGCUGGCUGGUGGAGGGAGCGCACAUGCGCAGUGGAUCUGUUCCGGGCGACGGCUCAUGUGCCGGCAGAAAUGGCUCCGCGUGCCAUAGGUCCGCCAUCACAGCCCUAGAGUAUGUUGGCAAUAAUGUUGGCAGAAAUACUUUUCCAAUGCUGCCUUUCUAGGGCUAAGAGAAAGUUAGUAGCCCUAUCCCUAUUUCACCUUUGUGCCUAGGGCAGGAUAAGAACUUAAGUUUCUAGCCCAAUGCCUUAAUCACUACACCAAACUGGCUC